CAUGCUCCUCCGAACACCUGUGUGUGUGUAAGUGUGAAUCGGGAAGUGUAGUUUUGUUGGAUGUAUCUGUGAAACACGUAGCAGUUUUUAUUUUAAAAAAUAGUGCGUUUCUUUCUCACUGAUGGAAGCUAUUGGAAGAUUGUGCGAGAAAUGUGAUGGAAAGUGUGUGAUCUGUGACUCGUAUGUGAGGCCUUGCACACUGGUGCGCAUCUGUGACGAGUGCAACUACGGGUCGUACCAGGGGCGCUGUGUCAUAUGUGGAGGUCCCGGGGUGUCUGAUGCUUACUACUGCAAAGAGUGCACCAUCCAGGAGAAAGACCGAGAUGGAUGCCCCAAGAUUGUGAACUUGGGCAGUUCAAAGACUGACCUUUUCUAUGAACGGAAGAAGUAUGGCUUCAAGAAGAGGUGAAGACAGGCCUGUUCAACGAGUGCUUUGCUUCUGUUUUUUUGUAUGAACGUUUUUACCUUUGUGUGUGAACAUGUUUUGACAAUACAAUAAAGCUUUAUUUUACAUUAUUGCAAUGCA